ACCUCUUACUCUGCUAUUGGGCCAUUGGGUCACGUGGUUAAAGUAACUUUACAGGGCUGCUCGCAAGUAGGAGGGCUUUAUGGAGCAGAAAAACGACAAAGCUAGAAAAAUUAUUUUCCACUCCAGAAAUUAAUGAUCAUGAGCUCGUAUUUGAUGGAGUCUAACUACAUUGAUCCGAAAUUUCCUCCAUGCGAGGAAUAUUCGCAAAAUAACUACAUCCCAGAGCAUAGUCCAGAAUAUUACAGCCGCGCAAGGGACACUGGCUACCAGCAUCACCACCAGGAGUUAUAUCCUCCGCGGGCGAGCUACCAAGAUCGCCAGUAUAACUGUGCAAGCAUCCCUGAGCCCGAUACGCCAAGGGGACAUGGAAUACCCCAUUCUGCGCACCUGCUGACAGGAAAAGGGCAACCUGCUUCAUGUGAAACCCCACAGUUGUCCAUGUCCCCCGCCACCCCACCGGCCGCAACGUCCGCCUGUAAUCAAGCUACCCCGGAGCAUCCAAACAGCACAGCCUCCUCCAAACAGCCUGUGGUGUACCCAUGGAUGAAGAAAAUUCACGUCAGCACUGUGAACUCUGGUUACAAUGGGACGGAGCCAAAGCGGUCUAGGACAGCAUACACCCGGCAGCAAGUCUUAGAAUUGGAGAAGGAAUUCCACUAUAACCGAUAUUUAACUCGGCGGAGGCGCAUUGAGAUCGCACACACCCUGGUUCUCUCCGAACGACAGAUUAAAAUCUGGUUUCAAAACCGCAGGAUGAAAUGGAAAAAGGAUCACAGGCUCCCGAACACCAAAGUGAGAUCUUCCUCUUCCUCCUCCGGGUCCAACACAAGCUCAGCAGCCGGCGGCGUGGCCGCUACUCCCGCCACUAACACUGGGGUCCCCGACGAACUCACCGGAGCACAGCAUGGCGAGGAUAUUACCAGGUUAUAAAACCACAUACCAAGAUUGUGGGUAGACAAAGAACUGGUAAUUUAUAGAACAGUUAUAUAUUUUGUUUUCGUAGCUAUCAUGUGCGGUUUCCUUUAAAUCCAAACGUAUAUAAAAUGCAUGUUAUAUGGCAUGGAUUACUGCGAAUACCGAUUAAUUAUUUUUACGUGACACAGGGUUUAAUUUAUUCGAAGUUCAAUUAUUAUGUUUUUUAUUAAAAAUGUUUUGAAUGAAGGAGAAAAAAGUAGAAAAAUAUACAUUUUAUCAAAAUGUUAUUGUGGGCCAUUCUUUUGCCCUGCUGCCCAAGGUAAAAUGCACAAUCUAUUUAUUUCAAACACUGGAAGGAAAUCACUAUAAUAAUUAUUUUUGGUAUAUAAAAAAAGCUGGAACACACCAUUGAUCUUGAACUUGUGUUUUUAGGAUAACAUCAAUGUGUGAAUUACCUCGUGUAUUUCAAAAACAGGAUUUUGAUCUGCAGUUUAGUUUUUGUGGUGUUGUUGUUGUGUUUAGACCGUUAAAAUGCAGACUAUUGUGAAAUGCAAUAAACGGAGUUUAGUGUACUUGUGCUAAUCAAAUUGGUCAAUAAAACAGUGAGUGUCUACUAGUUUUACCUACGUUUGCUCGAAGUUCAUUUUAGGAAUGAUAAGGUAUGUUUGGAGUUUAUAAAUAAUGUGUGAAUAUUAUACAGUUUACGAGGGAAACAUGAAUCACUGUU